UUGAAUACCGGGAUGAAAUGGAUGCAUUAAAGGAGCGAGUUCGUGUUUUGGAGGCUCUUUUUUCGGAGUUACUCGAUUCCAAGGAUGCCAGACUGGAGAAUAUGGAUGAGUAUUCGGUUGAUGAGGAUCUGUCAUCGUCGUUUGCGAACACUGACACUCCAGGACUUGACAUGAACAGCGCCCCCUCACAGGUGUCAAACGAUAAUAAGCCGUUACUGCAAGAGGUGCUAGUCCCUCACCAACCAUUGCCACCGCUGCGAGAGGUCAUUCCUCAACACACUACCCAUAAUGUUCCGAACAUCAAUGCAGCUACACCACCUCGGAAUAAGCCCUUCCUACAGGACGACAUGCUCGCACCUGACCAUAUCUUGGUGCCUUUAAACGAAACAGACAUCUCGCAGAAUACCAAAGCUGACAAAGACUUAGUCCCUCCGAAGAAACCAUCAUCCAUCACCAGCACCAGGCUAAGCAGCAGUAGCAGCAGCAGCAGCAGUGCUCUUCCAGAAGAGCAAUUCGUAGAUGAAGGAGGAGAACAUGACGAUGCUAUUGGUGUUUCUCCGGACAACGAUGCCAUCGUUCAAGAUACAAGUCCACCCGCAGAAAACGACGGGCAGAGCGCCGCGCACUUCCCCGAUGUCAUCGAAGUCGCAACCGAAUUCCCAAUCGAGCAUUCAAUGACGUCGGCGAUCGAGGGCGGUUCGUACCUCAUCUACAGUUCCAGCGAUGGCGGUGCAGAGGAUCUCUUCCCCGAUGCUGAGGAGGAAAGUGACAGUACCGACCCGACACAAGUCCGUGGGGAGGAUGGACCGAGACAGCCAGGCGGUAGAAACAGGUCACCUUUCAUGAACAUUAUGACGUCACAGAAUGGACACAGUGGGGACCUUAACAAGCCCAGAUGGAAGAUCUUUAAAGAGCUCAUGGAUCUGAAAACCCUGAGGGGAACCUUCGAUGGAAAGCGCCCUCGCCCCAAGGGCAAGGGAAAACCCAACAACUGUAUCCUAGACGGUUGUCUUUGUCUCAGGAAGAAGGGCUACACUGAAGAUGGCAUCUACUACAUGGAGAACUUUGAGGGUUCUGGCAGGCGAGGAAAGCACAUCCGGUUGUUCUGUGAUAUGACUACAGAAGAUGGAGGAUGGACUGUCAUACAACGAAGACAGAACGGGACGACGAAUUUCUACCGAGGUUGGGAUGACUACAGCAAGGGUUUCGGGUACCUGGACGCCGAUUUCUGGAUUGGAAACACCAUGAUACACUCCAUCACCUCACAGACACGAUUCAUGAUUAGAUUCGAGUUCACGGACUGGGAUGACCAAUUGGGUUAUGCAGAGUACAACGGCUUCCGGAUCAACGAUGAGAGUGAUAACUUCCGGUUGAUCCUCGGACAGUACAUGGGAGGCAAUGCAGGAGACUCCAUGACAUAUCACAACAACACACAGUUCUCAACCAGGGACCGUGAUCACGAUGUCUCCAUCGGCAACUGUGCCUUCCUCCGCCAAGCCGGCUACUGGUUCCGCGGCUGCAACAAGGCCAACCCCAACGGCCGCUGGCUCGCCCGGUCCGACGCCCGAGGAUUGAACGGUGCUGUAGUGAACUGGGGGACGUGGGAAGGCCGCAAGUACACAUACUGCCUCAAGUCUUUCCGGAUUAUGAUACGCUCGCAGAACGCAUUGAGCGCGAUGACCCCGGACACGGAAGAGAGAACGGUGACCGAGGAUGGACAUCGCGGGAGGAAUGUGGACGAAGCAACGCGUACUGCGCGCAGACAACAGCGUCUCGAACGCCAACGCGGUAACUGAACGCACGCACAGAUGCGUCUUAUACAUGGACAGCAAUGGCUGAAUGGCUGGUUCAGCAGGAAAUAAAUAUGGAGACCAAAGGUUUGCAAAGAAAGAAGAAAAAAUAAAUCGUCUUGUCUUAAUUGAGUGAAACAUGAGAACAGAUAUCCUCGAAAUGUGCCUGAAAUCUGGGAGUUAAGCCUGUGAAACCAAUGGAAAUGAAGGGAGUUUCCAAAUGUUAGUUGCUGAAGGACAACAAUAUAUGUUUUGAAUUAACGAAAGCUAUUGAGACAGUGCAAGUGUAAACGCUGUUGGGUGAAAUACGAAUCGAGAGUCUCAGAAAAAAGUUUGUAGGCUUCCAGAUAAAUGCUUAAUACAUAAAGGUGUUACAAAAAGUUAUGGGUCUAUAUAACCUUGAGUUAACAAAUACUGCAUGACAAAUACGAAAUGAUAGUCGAUUGAGAAAUUGCUAUGAAUAUUGAUUUUUGUUUUUUAAGGUUAGAUUAAUUUUGACCCAAAAUUAUGUACAACUGGCAGUGUUACGAUCUUCGAUAACUGUAUUCUAAUUCAACUAUUCUUGUUCUCUACGAUCAAUGGCCGCGUAAUAUGUGAAGUUUUAGAAUGUACGUUUGAAUUGUCUAGGUUUCUUCCUGGUAGAAGGAGAUCAUAUUUAUUAGGAAGAAAAGCCGUCAUUUUGUAAUAGGUUAUCAUGUAGACUUUAAAAAUAAUUGACUGACCGUGUAUAUAGAUUGGUCUUUAAAAUAUCAUGAAUAACCAGUAGCAGUUUAAUCUCUAAUCAUAAUCUUAAAUAACACUAACCAUAAAAUGUUACAGGGCUUCAUUUGUAGAUUUUUAUAUAUGAUUCGUUUUAUUUGUGGAUGAUUUCAAUGUUUUGCCUACCUUCUAUUUUUGUGUCUACGUAUUUGUUUAAAUCAUUUUUGUACAUUAUCUGCAGUAAUGGGGAGGGGGGAAGGGGGAGGAGAGAGGGGGAGGAGCGGAUCCGGGGGAUUUAGAAUCCAUGUUUGUUUUACCUCACCGAUUGAUACCUGUAAUGAACUCCAAGGUGAUUACAGCCCACGAGACCGACAGACCAUGAAACCAAAAAUGUCCAUCUAGCAGGACAUCUGCAAAGUCAUCCGAGGGUUCAUGACCUUAUCGAUCUCACGAACCUUCUUACCACUUUUCGAAGGAUCCUCUCGGCCCGGCCGACAUUUUUGUUCUCAUGGGCUGUCAAGAUGGAUGCCCCUCUUCAUGACUCUGUGUACAAAGCGCUGUUGAACACUCUACUUCUAAAAUGUAAUGAUUGUUUCGCGACUCCUUGUUGCGUUAUGAUAAUUUAUAAAUUGUUUUCAUUUCUGCAGUUUACUUCUAAAAUGUCAUGAAUGUUUCUUGACUCCUACUUGCGUUAUGAUAAUUUGUAUAUUGUUUUCUUUUCAUCGAUGAAUAACCUCAGAAUGGCCAAUUUCAUAUCAUUUUUUAAAUAGAUUUUAUUGGGGGUAAUUGUUUUUUAAUUAUCGCAUACAACUAUUUACAAAGGUUGUGGGCUGUCCCCUUUAUUGGUAGAUCAUUUCUUCCAAAUAAUAAUUAUUUAUGUCUAAAGGUCCAACUCAUACAUUCAACCACCUAACAUAUAAAUUAAGUGUAGAAUUAAGCACCGAAUAUUCUUAUUUCGUCCGUUAUCACAGUCAGGUUCAUAACACUUUUAGUUUAAAUUUCCUUACAAUUUCUUUUUUUUUAAUUAUUAAAAAAAAAACAGAAGAAGAUAAUUAGCAAUGUGUAUGAUAUGUAUAUAAAUGUGCCUGUCUUGUAAUAUUGUUUCAUUGUUCAUGCCUUGUACAUUCUAACCGUGCCUUUACAGGUAUUAACGCAUUUUUACUGUAUUAUCCAACUAUUUAUGUACUGUAGUUUGGAAUAAAGACACAGAGAAAUUCUGAUUUUAAAAUUCA